AUGGAUCAAAUUACAGUACGAUGCAAGGACCAACGACAGAUCAAUCUCUCAAAAUCCGUUCUAUGUGAACAUAGCGACAGAAUAAAACUCAUGCUACGUUUUUAUUCCAACAAAACAUCAGUCUUUCUUUACUUACCGUACUCCUCGGAUAUUUUCCAACAAAUCAAAAAAUAUCUGGAAGAAAGAGGAGAAAACAUAACAUCAAUGCAAAAUGCGAUGGACAUAUUCUGCGUAAGCAAUCGAUUACACCUACGUUAUUUAAAUAAAGUAUGUCGAGAAUUCAUGACCGAUCCAUCAAGACUUAAGGACGUAUGUUAUGUGUAUGAGUUUGCAUUUCAACAGAACGAUUGGAGAUUAGAUCAUUUAUGCUGGAAUAUAAUAAGUUCGAAAUGGCAGGAAAUUUUCUCAUCGGACGAAUUGUUGAACUGUAAAGCAACAACCAUGGAUAGACUCGUUAGCAGGCCAAUAAAUCGAUUUAUUGAGGAAGCAGAUAUCUUCUCAAUAGUUUUAAAAUGGGCCAAAAAAAGAGUUAAUAUUGAAAAAUAUCUUAGGAAAGUCAUGGAACCAUUUCUUCCGUACAUACGAUUUCUAACAAUGCCAGAAUGGUUUCUGGAAUCUCAAGUGUUCGUUGAACCGAUCUUAACGGACGUAGAGAGAGAUGCAAUAAGGUGUUACUUGCAAAAUGAGGAUUUCAACGAAACAUGGUUUAUUCCAGACAGUAUUUGUGCCAUUAAAUGCUCAAGAAAGCAUGAAUUGCUUUCUUCCUGGUUGUCUUAUGUAAAUCGAAGUGCAUACUUUAUUAACAAAGUAAGGAGAAUGAAUACAAAUUUUCGAUUCAUAUGCGAAAUAGUUGUUAAGGAAGAUUGUUUCAUCAACGAAUUGCAUCUUCCUAUAACACAUUGCAGGAAAGAAGGAAUAACU